AUGGAUGGGCUCUGCGGCUUGGCCAAGCGGCCGGCAUGGCGCGAGGCCGCGCCGUCGCUGCUCGUUCGCGAGGAUCCUGCUUCGAAGCCCACUGCGAAGGUUGCCGGCUUCGACCUCAACGACACUCUCGUCUCCAGCAAGAUAGGAGCACCAGGAUAUCAGGUCACGGUGUCCGAUUGGAUCUUCUACAGCGAAGCGGUCCCGAGAAGAAUCGCAGAGUUGCACGACCAGGGCUACAGGCUGGUGAUUUUCACCAACCAGGGCAACAUCAGGAGUGCUCUGGAUGGGAAAAGAGCCGAAGCCUUCAAGGGCUACGUCGACGACUUCGCGAAGAAGCUAGAAGUGCCCUGCCUCGUUCUUGCAUCGACACAGCGCGACAAGGACUGCAAGCCAAACACUGGGAUGUGGGAGCACCUCGCGAAGGUCAAUGGCGUGGCUAUAGACCUGGCAGAAAGUUUUUACAUCGGAGAUGCUGCAGGUGAGCAUUCUGCAGAUGAUGCAGAGUUCGCCAAAGCAGUGGGUGUCAGGUUUAUGCACGCUCGCGACUACUUUGGGCCUGCUGGUGGAGGUUCGAGUGAAGCAGGCGCUGCGCAGGGCCCGCCCAAGAAGGCGUCGCCCGCCUCAGCGGUCUGGGCCUCUGGGCGACUCCUUAGAGAAGCCGAUUUGCAUCGCAGGCUCUCGGCCAGAUCCGCCGGUUGUGCUGAUUCUGGUGGGUUUGCCUGGCUGUGGCAAGUCGACCUUCGCCGAACGUCUUGGCCCACCAGCAGGCUCCGAGGACAGGCUGGGGAUGCCCUGGAGGCGUAA